AUGGGGAUAAAGCCAGCCGUCUCCUCGCCCUCCAGCUUAAACGUCACUGUACUUUUCAACAUUCACACCCAAUUACACAAAGCCAAAAUACAACAGAUCCUCUCCUUUGGAAACACCACAGAUCUCUCCACCCUGAUCGGCUCCUACCUCAGCUCUCCCCCAGCAUCAACCCCUGCUGACCUGGUUACUCACUACAACUGUCUCUCAUCUUCCCUAAUGACCCUGGCUCCCCUGAAAUCCUGCUCAUCCACUGCCUUCCUGGACUUCUUCGACUCUAAAAUCCACACCAUUCACCAACAACUGGCCUCUUCUUCUGGCACCUCCUCCAACGAUCCAACAUGGAUGAUCACCACCGAACAACCUCUCAUCAGCUCCCUCUCCGACUUCACCCCAGUAUCAGGACACACCAUCUCUGAACUCAUCCGCAAAGCCAAAGCCUCCACCUGUCAGCUUGAUCCUCUUCCCACCUCCCUCGUCAACGCCUGUCCGCCAUCCAUUUCUCCCAUGGUCACCAACAUAAUUAACUCCUCCCUCACCACUGGCACUAAAGCCACAGGGCCUAUAAGAGCCACGGUGCCACCAGGGACCAGGACUACAGCACAGACGGACCCGACAGACACACAGCAUGGCUUGUGUUUGUCUGUGUGUGUGACAGCUCAGAAGACGGCUCUGAUCGUGUACGCCCACCAGAGCCCCGGCUCGUUUAACGCGGCGGUCCGAGACGCGGCGGUGGAGGAGCUGACGGAGCAGGGCUACAAGGUCAUCGUGUCUGACCUCUACGCCAUGAACUUCAGAGCCAGCGCCACGCGGGACGACAUCAUCGGUGAUCUGAAGAACCCGGUGCUUUUCCAGUAUGGAGAGGAGACAAUGCACGCCUGGAUGGAGGAUCGGCUCAGUGAGGACAUCGUAGCCGAGCAGUGCAAAGUAGCAGAGGCCGAGCUCAUCAUCUUCCAGUUUCCGUUGUACUGGUUCAGUGUGCCGGCCAUCAUGAAGGGUUGGAUGGACAGAGUGCUGGCACAAGGCUUCGCUUUCUCCCUGGAGAAGAUGUACGAUAACGGCAUCUUCAAGGAAAAGAAAGCGAUGUUGUCCUUCUCAACCGGAGCAACGCAGUCUAUGUUCCACCCUGACGGCAUCAACGGAGACAUCAACGUCACACUGUGGCCUCUGCAGAACGGCACGCUGCACUUCUGUGGAUUUCAGGUUCUGCCUCCUCAGAUCUUCUGGAGUCCGGGUCACUGCCCCCCCGCGGUGCGGACGGCGAUGCUAGACGGGUGGCGCGCCCGGCUGAAAGGACUGUCGGCCGAAAAGUGUUUGACCUUUGCCCCCUGCGAGCUGUUUGACCUCAGCUUCCAAGGGGGGUUCAUGCUGCGGCCCGAGGUGAAGGAGGAGAGAGAGUCGCAGCCCUACGGCAUCUCGACCGGACAUCAUUUAGGGAAACCGUUGCCGCCCGACAACCAAACCAAAGCUCAACCUGCAGCAGAGGAGAACAACAGGAAGUAG